AUGAACCACCAUCUCCCCGCGAUGCCUCAUGGGCAGCCGCCCAUGCCCCCGUCGCGGAGACAGCAAGAUUUCUACAACCCCGCUCCUCCCAACAUGCGCACACCGGCGUAUAUGGGAUACCCUCCACACAUGAAUGGGCACAUGCCUCCCGCGUAUUCGCCGCAGCAGUUCCCUCCUUGGUAUCCUCCCUAUGGACAUAUGCAGCAGAUGCCACCUCGUCCUUAUCAACCACCAUACGGACCCAUGAUUGUGUCUUCAUAUCCUCAAGCACAGCCCAUCAUGGCCCCUACUCAUAUCCCGCAUCACUCUUUGCCUAUGCAACCCCGGACAUCAACUCCCAUGCAGCCAGCCAUGUCUUCGUCGAUUCCGCCGCCCCCACCACUCCAACACGAGAUGCAUGAUCCCCACGCCAUCCUUCCUGUCCAGCAACAACCUCAGCAUUAUCCAGUAGCUUCUCCCCCUCCUCGAUGGGAGCCCAAGCCAAUCAUGCCCGAUCCCGAGCCGGUCUUCGCUGCACCAGUGCCCUGGGAUUCCGUCACCGACUUUCCCUUCCCCGCUGGGCCACCCUUCAGACGCCGAAACAUUCGUCCCAUGCCGGACCGAGUCCAGUUUCCUCCCAAAGACGGACGCUGGAUCAUUGGAGACCUGAAGGGCAAAUGGGUGAAACCCAAGCUUGCUAAGAAGGCCGCUCCAAUCACCUCAGAACCUCAGACGCCAACUACUUCAGUACAUCCCUCGGAUGGUCACUCCACGCAAGCUACCACGCCCUCCCCCACUGCCAAGUCUCAACCCCAGAAAAAGGACACCAAGCCCGCCAUCCCCAUCGUCCCGGUCGUACCGACCACCCCAGUAGCCUCGCGCCGUGAAGCCAAGGAUACAUCCAGUGCCGGUUCGGAAACACCCAAGUCUUCCACUGCCACUGCCGAGUCAGAGACCGGGUCCACGCCUGCUGCCGAUGAUACCGCCAAGCCAACUUCACCUGUUCGCUCCGCACCAAAGUCCUGGGCUGAUCUUGUUCGAUCCAAGAAUGCUGCCCGUUCUACGAGCGCUCCUGCUCCCUCGGACUCGAACACCCUGGCCGUACAAAAGAGCGAGUCUCUCUCAGACGUCCUGAACAGCCUGGGCGAAGAUGUCACUCAGUACAGUGACAAGAUCGCAUUCCUCGAGCCCCGAGGGUUGGUAAACACGGGAAACAUGUGCUAUAUGAACUCGGUCCUGCAGAUCCUGGUUUCAUGCGUUCCAUUCCACCAGUUCCUCGACCAUGUCGGUCGACGAGCAGCUCACAGCUUCCACAGCGACAUGCCUUUGAUCGACGCCAUGAUUAUGUUCAUGCGCGAGUUCAACGUCAUCGAUGCCGCCGCAUCGGAGGAUCAGCUGAGACUUCGAUUGAAGCCAAACGAGCUGGAGCAAUAUGGCGAAGCCUUUGUUCCGGAGUUUGUCUAUGAAAUGAUUCGACAGUUGCCUCGUUUCCGCGACAUGCGCCGUGGCCAUCAGCAAGAUGCCCAGGAGUUCCUUGGCUUCCUGCUUGAGGAGCUGCAUGAGGAAUGUGAUCGCGCUGCAAAGCAUGUAUCCAAGCUUCACGGUGCUAACGGUGUCGACGGACACGGUACCACCAAUGGAACGUCCGGUGACGGUGAAUGGUUGGAGGUUGGCCACAAGCAAAAGGCGGCGGUGACGCAGUCAUCCGGUGCCAUCGCUACCGAAUCCCCCAUCACUAGAAUCUUCGGAGGCAAGCUUCGGUCGGAGUUCAAGGUGCCAGGCAACAAGACCUCGGUUACCAUGGAACCCUAUCAGCCCUUGCAACUCGAUAUUGGCGCGCCUGAUGUCCACAACAUUGUUGAUGCGCUGAAGGGCUUGACCAAGCCUGAGAGUAUCCAAGGCGAUUUCAACUCGUCCCGUGGUCCCAACGUGACAGCCACCAAGCAGAUGUUCAUUGAAACGCUGCCUCCCGUUCUGAUUCUGCACCUUAAGCGUUUCCAUUACGAUAGCUUGACUGGUGCCACCCAGAAGAUUUGGAAGAAGGUUGGCUAUCCGCUCGACUUGGAGAUCCCACGUGAGGUCUUCCCAGCCCACCGGCGUAACACCCUAACAGCCCAAGGUGGCCUUCCCCAGUACCGUCUCAUGGGUGUCAUCUACCAUCACGGAAAGAAUGCCAGCGGCGGUCACUAUACCGUUGAUGUUCGACGCCAGGACGGCCGCGAAUGGAUCCGCAUGGACGACACUGUCAUUCGUCGUGUUCGCAGUGAGGACGUUGCAGAGGCUGGUGGCGAGGAGGACCCCAAGGUUCUUGCAGCUGCCCUUGAGCAGCACAGGCAGGACAAGAUUCCUCGCUCCAACAUUUUCGAGAACAUCGACCAAGACGAUAUGGAGUCGGCCGAUAGUGAGAAGGGCUGGAGCCAAGUGAGUGGUUCCGGUUCCUCUGGGCACUCGAGCAAGAAAUCGAUGACCAUUGUCACUCCCUCCUCCGGACCCUCGUCUGGCGUGCGUACUCCACUUGGCAGGUAUGGCUCUCGGGACAACCGUGUUGCCUAUCUGCUGUUCUACCAGCGGAUUGCUUAA